UGUCAAAUAUGUAUCGGACAAAAUUCAAGAAAAAAGAACGUUUCAUUUGUGAAUGCUGCGAUUUUUCCACUGACCGAUUUAAUAACUACAAGCGACACUGUGAAACAAAAAAACACAGAGAUUGUUUAGAUUUAACAAAUCACGAGGAAACUCUCUCAGUUAGCGAUAUUUAUCAGGAUCAGCGAUCACAGGCCGAUGUUGAUCUGACAAGUUCUGAUUCUACAGACUAUGCUAUAGACAGCGAUGGCCCAUCUUGUUGUGAUUAUAUUGAAGAUCACAGCGUCACUUCAGAUUCUGAUGAAACAAAGGGAAACAAUUCAAAGCAAAUGCAACACGAAGUUUUGGACGAUGACGAUGAUGAAGAAAUCGAUACAAGGAUUACGAACGACCAAGAGUCCGAGCCAUCCGACUGGUUUCCAUUCGAAUCUAAGUUGCAUUUUCUUUUAAGUGUUUUACACAGCUCUAAAACUCACCGAGUUAGUGACGAAACACUCUCAUUUAUUCUCUAUAUUUUGAGAGAGUGUUGUGUAAAAAAUGUACCUUCAUUGGAUAAAAUCAAGUCAUUUUGGACAGAAAAUCUUAAACUGGAUGAGAUGAUACAACAGAAUACAGAUGAAAAUGGGAAUAUCCAUUGGAUGGUCAAACCAUCUGCGAUGCUUCAAAUGCUUAUAGCAAAUCCUAGCACUGCACAGAAAAUAGACAGAUAUCCAAAUAUCUUAAAAAUCGGCACUCAUAAAAUCACAACACAAAGCUCUGCUGAAAAGUGGAAGGAAAUGAAAUUCCAUUGGGGCAAAAGCAAAACAAUGGAUUUUAUUUUGGGAGAGAUUAUUGAAUUUUCCCACAAAGAGAAAACACUGUUGGGGAAAAUUAGACAGUUCAUGGUAAAGGAAUGUGACCAGGUAAUUAAACAUCCCAAAGUACGCAGGAAGUGGCUUGAGUUGCUAAGACGCCGUGACUUCGAGCCUUCUCGACAUGACAGGAUAUGCUCCAUGCACUUUGUUGACGGUCAACCAACACAGGACCACCCAUACCCCGAGCUUUUCCGCUACAAUAACUUUAAGUGCUCGUUGGGAAAUCGAGGUACAUCUUCCAUUGAAAAGAGGUCCCUUCAACAAGCCGCAAAUAAUAACAACAAAGUUACGUCUGAUCAGGAGAAUGAGCAUCGACCUACUCAGGCUACUGCAACGGAUAUUCUUUUAGUGGAUGAAGAUGAUGCAUAUAGAGAACAGCUCUUUCCAUUCCCUGUCAAUAAGGAAAUCACUGUGCAAUCCAUACCAGCAGUAGAACCAACAGCAACUCCCAGUGAUCAUGAUUAUUGUUCAUAUGGGAAUGAAAAGGCCCAACCCCAGACUUGUAAUGCAGAAUGCCAGACGAACUUGACACUACAGGACAUGGAAAAGUCUGAAGCUGAACUGCUGCAACUGAGGGAGACCUUUAGGGACAAGGAUGAUCUGAAGCGAUACUUGCUUGUGGACAAGAUGACAGACAGUGAUAGUUCUGUCAAGAGUUACUUCGGAUUGCCAUCGGUCGUUACUCUAUUUGGAAUCUUUGCCAUCCUUGACAAUCUUACACCAACGCUGGCUUACUGGAAAGGUGGGUCAGGAGUAUACAAUGCAACACCAGAGAAUCCCUCCAAGAAGACUGGACCAAACAGGAAGCUGACACUGCAGUCUGAUGACAUAAUAAGGCAUGGCCAUCCUCUUCAUUUCACUGAAGACGUGUUUGAAAAAAACCACAAAUCAAUAAGAGAGAGUAUUCGUCAUCAGAACGGCCAUCAAAGGUCAAGGGAUACGGUCAUCCAAUUUGCAAAGUCAGAAUUGACAAAACAUGUGGUGUCUGGAGGUUUCUUGCAUUUGAAUGAUACAUGGAAACAAGCUAGCAGUUUUGUGCUGUCAUAUGGAAAUGACAAGAAAAUCAAGUCUUUUCUUGGAGUCCCUGACCAAAAUGAAAAUUUUAAAGCUGGGGAGCUGCGGAACGUGACCAGAACUUCUUCAAGGAAACCAAUGGGUAACCCCAAUCUACUGGAAGAGUUGGAGUUGCUCACAAUAUCUGUUGCCAUUGACACUGAUAUUGCUAAAGAUGCAAAACUAUACAGCUGCCUAGGAUGCAUAACAAGCGAAGGAGAUUAUGCAGGCAUUCAAAGCUUUGUCUUAUAUUCAGAAACUGUAAAGGACAGGAUUGGAGUGAUUCAGAAGCUUCUACGUAUAAAGACCAAGACAGCAGAACACGAGAUAGCUUUUUUGAAAGUGUGCAACAUUUCCUUUACAAGUUGCAACCAAGUGGUGCAGUUAACAAAUGAGACUCACAUUAAGAAAACAUGCCACAUUCGGCAUGUUGUUCAUGUUAUUCAUGACUGCAAACGAGGUGGCUGCAGAGUUGUAGAGAAUCACAAUGAAAAAUCUCUAAAGCACAGCAAUCACAAUGGUUACAUUAUUAACAGAUUUAGAAUUUCCAAACUACCCGAUAAGCUACAAUUAUAAUUGUUGGUGCAGAUCGAUACAGUUAGUUCAAAUGCAGAUUAAUGCUAGGUACUUUUAAAUGAAUAUUCCAAGUCUUGUAAAUGAUUUUUUUUUAAAAUUUACCAAUUGGAAUAACAUUGUAUUAAUAAAUAGAUAAAUUAAAGAAAAAUUUGCUACAGCAAAAAUCUCAUUAUAAUGACAUUUUUCAAAGAAAACCAAUGAGUUUUGUCAGUAAUGUUUACAUAUGACAACAGCAAAAGAUUCUUGCCUUAUUUUUUGGAAAAUUAUCUAACUAGUGUUAUUUUUGAUUUGUAGUCAUUCUGCUUUGAAAUGUUCACUUAUCACUUGUAAAGUUUUACAAUAGAAUAGCAUUAGCAGUUUUGUGUGCCUUUAUUGUGUAUAAAGCACCUUUUCUAAUCUAAAUAAGUUUGUAUUUCUAUUC